UUCUCCUUUGAACUAAUAAAACCUUUCCUAAUUAUUUAUUUUGUUUUCAGACUGCUCUGGCUUGUCCUAACACUGAGUGCGUUCGGUGGAGCUGUGUACUGCGCGCUCAGUCAAUACACUCGGUAUAAUUCGGAGCCGGUGGUGGUGUCGAUGCAGAGGGACUACAGGAGCUGGUGGACCACCUUCCCGGCGGUGACGGCCUGCUUCCUCGAACGAGUGCAGCCGGAUAAGGCCAAAGACGUUAUCCAGACAAUAUGGAACGUGACAGAGGAAUCAGAUGGCGAGAAAUACCAAUACUACUACGAGUUCGUGGAACUGAUAGCUGACGUGUCAUUCCGGGAUAACCUCCAGAACUUCUGGAAGUACCAGUCCGAUGACACUGUGAAGGGUAUCGACCUCCUCCAGCUGGCCAUGUCUGUGCAUCCUGAGCCCACGCUUGAGGUUCUACUGUCUAAGAACGACUAUGCGGUCCACUGGUACCAAGUGAUGACAGAGGUGGGCAUCUGUCAGACAUUCAACUCUGCGUACGCGCAGUUUCAAGACGUCCUGCAGGACAGCUGGCGGCCACAGGAGCUGCUGCAGUGCCAUUAUCACAGCGGCCAGUGCUUUGUCAGAAUAGACUCUAAGAAUAAGGCAGUCAGGUACUUCAUACAUUCCCCGUACGAGAUACCGACGGCGAUAUCCAAUCCGACCGGGGAAGUUGCUCCUGAUGUUGAGCUCAUCGUGGAUUUCAAGGCAGUGGAGAUCCAGGCGUCUGCGAGCGUCAAGCACCUCCGUACUGAGCAAAGGCGCUGCAAAUACCCUGACGAGUGGAUUAGCGACAGUAUACGGGCUUAUAGCUUCUCGCUGUGUCAGAUGCACUGCAGAAGUCGGAUGGCCGUCAUGUUCUGUGGUUGUAGACCAUACUUCCAUAUAAAAGGAGGUGAGGAUAUUAUAUUAUGGGUUUUAAAAGACUAAACUUAUUGUGUAAAGAGCCAACUGCUUAUUUUUGUACUUUGAUGUGAAUAAUUAUUAGGCGGUCCUCUGAAGUCACACUGGAC